AUGUGUGGUAUCCUGCUCCAUUUCAAUCCCAAUACUGAAAACCUAGAAGAUGAAUAUGUUGAAGUGUUUGAACCGCAGUUGAUUGGUACUUCGACCAUCUCAUCAUCUAAUAAAUCGACCAUAGUGCAUCGAUUAAUACCUAAUAUUACUCAGAGAGGUCCGAACUUUUUGAGUUUAAGAUCAAAGAAAGAGUAUGGCAUUACUUGGGUUUCUUCGGUAUUAUCUUUGCGAAAGCCCUUUACGAAGCAAAGUGUAGAAGCGAAUUCCAGGUACAUUAUACAAUACAAUGGAGAGCUGUACGGGGACGAAAUUGUUGACAACGAUACAAAAUAUAUCACAAGUUUACUGCAGCAAAAUACAGUUGAAGAUGUUGUAAGAGGGCUAUCUGGGGAGUUUGCGUACUCUAUUUUUGACCAACAGUCACGAUUGCUGUACUUUGGAAGAGAUCCGAUUGGAAAGCGAAGUCUAAGCUAUAAGUUAGAUCAUGAUACAGGCGAAUUGUACGUUUCUAGUGUUAGUGGGAGGAUUGAAGGGUUUGAAAAUUGUGUAGCAGGGGUAAUUUACACUUUUGACACAUCUAAGUUAAUAUUAUCUAAAGAGACUAAGAUUAGAGAAGCCGACUAUAUGGUAAGCGCAGCCGUUGAGGACAUUUCUAGCAUUGAUAAAUAUGCUGACCGCUUGUAUGAACAGUUGGUUUGUGCUGUAAGACAGAGGCUGACUACGAUUGAACCAGUACAGGAUGUUCAAGAUAACCAUGUCGCCGUGUUGUUUUCCGGUGGUCUUGAUUGCACAACCAUCGCGGCUAUUAUUUGCGAGCAAUCAAGAGACCAUAGCAACUAUGUGGUAGAGCUUUUAAAUGUAGCGUUCGAAAAUCCACGGACAGGCAUGCAGCCUUGCGAAGCCCCAGAUAGGCUAUUAGCUGUGAAAUCUGCGAAAACACUCCAGGAGCUUUACCCCGAGGUUAACAUCAAAUUGGUGAAGAUUGAUGUUCCUUACGACGAUUAUUUGCAAUAUAGAGAUACUGUAAUCGAUAUGAUAUUUCCAAAGGAUACAGAAAUGGAUCUAUCCAUUGCUAUUGCAUUUUAUUUCGCCUCCCGAGGCCAGGGUUAUUUAGAGGAUAGAGGUGAACGUUUCCCAUACCAAAGAAAUGCACUAGUACUUUUUAGUGGAUUAGGUGCAGACGAACUUUACGGCGGUUACCACAAGCUUGCAAAUAAAAGUAAUGAAGAGCUGGUAAUCGAACUAUCGAGACAAAUCAAUAACAUUCACGAUCGAAACCUCAAUAGGGAUGAUAAGGUGAUCGCAUGCCAUGGUGUGGAGGCACGUUAUCCAUUUCUAGACCAGGAUGUAGUAGAUUUAUCAACACAGUUGCCAAUCAACUACAAAAUUAAUAAAAUGGUGCUGAGAAAUAUUGCAUCCAGAAGGCUUCAGCUUUCAGAAAUUAGUUGUGAGCCUAAGCGCGCCAUUCAAUUUGGAGCUAAAAGUGCUAAAAUGACCAAAGAUGGUAACAAACACGGUACUGACCGUCUCAAGUAG